AUGUCACAGCCGAAAAAAAAUAUCACGAAUAAAGCAGAUCCAGAGUCGAUUCGAGUGGACGGACAUGGAUCAGCAGUUAUCCAUGACGUACAAUUUCAGUGCAAAUCCGCACUUCCAGAAGAGGCCCUCUCACCGAAGGCGAAGGAACUGGAACAGGAACGUAAAAAGUUACAGACUGAAAAAGAAACCAUUGAAGAUCGACAAAAUGUUCUAAAAAGACGAGUUGAGGUGCUCGACGAAAUCGUUGCCAAAGUUGGUGAAUCUGUAGUGCAUCGUCCAGCUGGAGAACAGUCGGCAUCGUUCGUUUUGAAUGAUGAGUCACUGCAAAAUCUCACGAAAUUCUUCUCGUUCUAUGAAGAUAGUUCUGUUGAUAUGCGCAAAAAAUUACGUGAAGUGAACGAAGAACAUCGAAUUGUUGAUGAAAAACUGACGAAGUUAGCUGCCGAAAUUGGAGCGCUACAACACGACGAACGUUAUGCAAGACAUGUCAGUGUGCUAUUGGAAAGUGCUGAGGGUGGCGAUGUGGAGCUGGAUGUGAGCUAUCAAGUGAGUGGUGCGACCUGGCAACCAAGUUAUGAUAUUCGUGUUGAUGAGAAGACAUCAGAGGAUGAGAGUACUCUGAAGUUGAUUUACUACGGCAAAAUAGGACAGAAUACAGGCGAAGAAUGGGUUGAUGCACCGUUGGUGCUCAGCACAGCACAACCAUCACUUGGUGGUAAUCUUCCGAAAUUCGGUACUCAGGUGGCCUAUCUGUACAAACCGGCUCCAGAACUACCUCCAGCACCACCCCGUCCUGCACCAUUCGGGGCAGUAAUGAAACAGCAGCAUUUGGCAGUUCGGUCUGCGAACGAUGCGAUGGAACAUGGCGCACUGUUUGGAACACCGCCUGCGAUGGCUUAUGCAGCAGUGAAUGUUGCUCCCGUUUCGACUGGCGAUACGGUGCUCUCAACGGUGUUUGUGAUAGCACGCCCGGCCACAAUUCCGUCGGAUUCGAGUGAACAUAAAGUGACCAUUGCAACAAUGGAAAUGAAGCCAACGAUGAUACAUGAGACAAUUCCGUCCAAGAACACAAACGUAUUCCUGACCGCUUCAGUGCUCAACUCAUCGCAGUUUCCGUUCCUUCCUGGCCAAGCGAACGUAUAUCUCAACAACAGUUUCGUUGCAAAGAGCCACAUAAAAGCAGUUUCACCUAACGAAAGAUUUGUGUGUUCGUUAGGAGUCGAUCCGGGCAUUAAACUCGAAUACAAGCCACUUCAUAAGUUCUCAGAGCAGAUUGGACUCCUGACGAAAUCUGCGUCCAUCGUAAAUGAACAGCGAAUUGUGAUCAAAAACACGAAGAAGGAAAAGAUUCUACUCACUCUCAGAGAGCACGUUCCGAAGUCAACUGAUGACAAAAUCAAGAUCAAGCUGUUCUCGCCUGAAAUCGAUCAAAAAGUGGCCAACUCAACUGCGGCUCCAAAUAAAGGGGAAUUACCUCCAAUCGGAGCGCGUCUUGAUUCGUCUCAUAAUCUGGAAUGGACCAUGAAUAUUGAGCCGAGUACGGAAUCUGAAGUGGUUGUCAAAUGGACAGUUGAGCAUCCGAAUGGAGAAACUGUCGCGUAUCGUGAAGAAUUCUGA